AUGGCACGAGCAACCAGGAGCUCCGCCAGGGCCGAUGCCGUGCAAGCGCCAGCCAUUGGCCAAGAACCAGUACAACUCUCGAGUCCACCGACUACCCCAGAGGCGCGCAAUGGACGAAAGAGGAAAGCAGUCAAGGUUGAAGAAUCGCCAGACGCGACCUCCAAGAAAGCACCCAUCACACCAAAGAGCAACAAGCGUGCAAAGAAGGCGGCCGUGAAGCAGGAGGACAUCAACGAACUCCCGCACAACCUUGGUGCUAUUCCUUCCCUCCCAGUCAAGAGUGAGGAGGAACAGAGCAAGCCCUCGGCCAAGAAGCCUAGGAAGUCUGCAAAGACAGCCAAGCCGAAGAAAGAGGAAGUCGAUGACCUCGUUGCCAAAGCGACUGCCACCACCGACGCGUCGCCGAAGAAGAAGAGCAAGGCCAAGACAGGUGGCUAUGGCCUUACUCCAGGCCAGACACCAUACCCGAACUACCCUCAUCCUACAGCCGAAGAAUGCGAAGAGGUCACACGUCUCCUUUCGAAAGUUCACGGCAAGGUCGAAGCACCCAAGACAAUCCCCGCGCCUUCUCUUGAAGUCUCCGGUUGUGGAGAAGUACCAUCCGUCCUCGAUGCCCUCAUUCGAACGCGUCUUUCGGCAGCGACGUCCGGCACCAACUCAUCUCGCGCAUUCGCUGGUCUCGUCGCCAAGUUUGGCAUUCUCCAAGAAGGCGUUGGCAAAGGCAGUGUAGACUGGAACAAAGUGCGACAAGCAGACCAGAAGGAGAUCUUCGAGGCCAUCAAGAGCGGCGGACUCGCAGACGUGAAGAGCAAAGACAUCAAGAAGAUCCUGCAAAUGGUCUGGGAAGAGAACCAGGCGCGGCGCGACGAGCUGUUGUCUUCAUCAGACAAAGCCCCUGGCUCCGCGAACGAGGCCGAAGGCGAGAAACACGCAGAGGUCGAGAAGGCAGAUCAGAACAUCGUCUCACUCGACCACCUGCACCUCCUCUCCAACGACGACGCCUUCAACGCACUAACAAAGUACCCCGGCAUCGGCCCCAAAACCGCAUCCUGCGUCCUCCUCUUCUGCCUCCAACGCCCCUCCUUCGCCGUCGACACCCACGUCUUUCGCCUGUGUAAAUGGCUAGGCUGGGUGCCUCCCCCAGGCGACCCCGCAGGCCUCGCACCCGGCGCAAAAGGCACCUUCGCAGGCGCAAACCGCAACUCAACGUACGCGCACUGCGAAGUCAGAGUUCCGGACCACCUCAAGUACCCGCUUCACCAACUGCUUAUCAAACAUGGAAAGAGCUGUCCGAGGUGUCGCGCGAUAACAGGUGAAAGCAGUGAGGGGUGGGAUGAGGGCUGUCCAAUUGAUCAUCUUGUUCAGAGGACUGGUGGAAGGAAGGAGGGUGGCGGUAGUCCUGUUAAGGAAGCUGGGGGUAGUGCGAAGAAGAGCAAGAGCAAGAAGAAGGUUGUGGAGGAGUAUGAGAGUGAUGCGGUGAGUAGUGGGUUGAGCGACGCGGAGAGCGAUGUGUUGAGCGAUGUGGUCAGUGAUGCGGAGGUGGAGGAGUCAGAAGAGGAGGUUGAAGCGUCUGAAGGCGAUCGCCAUGGCCCACCAAUCCUUCGCCGCGUAUCCGCCCUCCUCUCCAAGAAACUCACCGUCUGGCAAUCCGUCCUCAUAACACUGCUCUACCUCUACGUCGCGCGCAACUUCGGCAAGCUCGUUGGCCUUGAGUGUCCCGAGCCACUCGCAAGCCUGUACUCGCGUUCAUACUUCCGUGCGACAUGGGUUACGACUGCGCUGGACGCAGGCUUCUGGUCUGCUAUGCGAAUAAAACGAAAAGGUGUAAGGGAUCUGCUGUCGAUUGUGUUCAGCAUAUACUACAUGAUAUGUGCUGAGCAGGCAGAUGAGAAAGUCAGGAAGAUCAGAGCGACGCUCACAGUAGACCAUCUGCGCGUGGCGUGGAAUAAAGGGACGACACCGUAUCUGGGCGCGCUGACGAGCAUGAUGCGACCAAGGCUGAUGGUGUAUCCGCCGCGCCAGAUUCGCAUACCACGACCAAGGGCUAGUUCGUACAAAGAGCCAGUAACAGGUUGGCUGUACUUCAAUGGGCCACGGAGCGCACUGAAGAAGCAGGACAAGGUUGUCUUGGAUAUCCCCGGGGGUGGUUUUGUUGCUAUGAACCCAAGGAAUCACGAUGAUAAGCUCAUGGGCUGGGCUGGCAAGACGGGACUGCCUGUCCUCAGUCUAGACUACAAGAAGGCGCCUGAACACCCAUAUCCAUACGCGCUUAACGAGUGCUACGACGUCUAUCACAUGAUCAUCGCGUCGAGAGGAACUUGCAUGGGCCUGUCAGGAGAAGCAGAGCCCAAGGUCGUCGUCUCAGGCGAUUCAGCUGGUGGGAACUUGGCUGUGGCCAUGAUACUCAUGAUACUUCAGAGUGGUUCCACCGAGACACGAAGAUGGCAGGGCGAAUCCCCUAUACCACCUCCCAUUGGCGUGGUGUUGAUCUAUCCCGCGCUCGACAUGAACAUUGGGAAUUGGAUGACGGAUGAGCAAAUGGCACUCAUCCGCGACCGGCGCGUGAGAAAGACGAACCGACCUAUCCUACGGCACAAGAGCGACGACUACCGACAGCUUGCACCGAACACACCGUAUGGGUCUGAUGACUCGGAUAGUGAGGACGAGCGCACCAAAAUGAGCAUGGCCAAUGGAUCUGUGCCCAAAGCCAACGGCGGCGACAUUACGUCUCCCCAGACCAUGAUCAAACUCUCCGCCGCACACACAGGUCAGGAUAGCAGUACCGCCACUCUCCAGCAACCUCCCAGCCAGAAAUCAAGUCUCCCACCAACACCUCUCGCAACCCAACCUCCCACUCCUGGUGCCGCUGCCCUUCCCGCACCACCCGCCACAGCCAUCAAAACCCGCCUCGCAAUGUCCAGCAUGAUAUCCUACUUCAACGACCGCAUCCUCACCCCCGAAAUGAUGCGUGCCAUGAUCAUCCUCUACAUCGGACCCCACCACCGCCCCGAUUUCAGCACAGACUACCUCCUCUCCCCACUUCUUGCCCCUGAGUCCCUCUUAGCCAAGUUCCCUCGAACGUGGAUGUUGACAGGAGAGCGCGAUCCCCUGGUCGACGAUACUGUCAUCUUCGCAGGCAGAUUACGUCAGGCUAAACGCGCAGAAUGGGUCGCAGCGAAGGAGUUGGGACUAGACUGGGCACGAGGCAGUUUCAACGAGGAGGACAGCGUCGUAGUCGAUCUCGUCCCCGGUAUAAGCCACGGUUUCCUCCAAUUCGUCGGCGUGUUCCCCGAAGGUUGGAAGUAUAUUUUCAAAUGCGGAAAAUGGAUUACCGAAGCCUUUGAAGAGACAGACUCAAGAAGAUAUGGAUACGAUGCCGAGACACCGGGGUACACGCCUGCCGCGGGCACAACUACAAGGAGAAGAGAAGGAGGCGAUUACUUCGGUACAAUAGGCCUCGCAGAUGCGAUUGAUGGUCUUACGAGUCCGAAGUUUAGUCGCAGGAGACAUCAUCGUAGGAGUGGGACGGCGAGUUCGGCGGAUGAGGAUAGACCAUUGGAGAUGACGGUGUUGGGCAAGGGGAGGAGGAGUCCGCAGAAAGAUGGGGGUGAAGGUGUGGCUGGUGGGAGAGGGGUUGGGAGGGAGAGGGGUAGGAUGAAGAGUGAUAGGGGGAGGAGGAAGAGUUUGGUUAGUUUGGCGAGUGAGGAUGAUUUGUUGGGGAGGAGGAUGAAGAGUUUGACGGGAGCGCUGGGGGGUGAUGGGGUGAUUUGA